UCACGGCGCCAUCUUGGAUCAAAGACAGCAGAUUACCAUCCGAACAGUUGUUGUUUAGUUUCAGACCGGACUCCAUUAAACCAGGUUAAACCGCGCUAAACCGGAUUAAACCGGGAACCUUUGUGUUGGGAGAGUACCGCGAGGCUGGUGAUGGACCGGACCGAGCGCGCGGCCGUGAUGAACCGGACCGAGCGCGCGACUGAGACGUUUGUGAGUCAAACGGAGCUGAUUCUGGAGGCGGCUGUGCAGUCCGCCGUGCACGAGCUGCACGAGGACAGCACGGUGUCUGCGGUCCUGGCCCUGAUGAGCAGGGCCGUCCUGCGCCAGGUGGUCCAGGUGUUCAGAGCGCUGUACGCCGGCCUGGUGAAGGAGAACCAGGAGCUGCAGGAGAGACUGGCACAUCUGGAGGAGAAACACAAGACACAGACAGUUUAUCAGAUCAAACCUUCAGGUGGCGCUGCGCUGUCUCUGAACGUUAACCAAUCAGCUGCUGACCCCGCGGCCCUCGCCAUGGCGAUCAUCCGCACCGCCAGACGCAGAGCUGCCGCCGCUGCCUCUCCGGUUCCUCUGGUCAUCAUCAGCCAACCAAUCAGAGGCCAGAGCAGCCCCACCCCCCGGGAACCGCCGGAGAAACCACCACAAUCUGAGGCUAACGCCAACACCACGGCUAACGCUAACACCACGGCUAAUGCUAACACCACGGCUAACGCUAACACCACUGCUGAAGCUAACGGCACGGCUAACGCUAACACCACGGCUAACGCUAACACCACGGCGGAUGAGAGUCAGACUGACGUUCAGAUGGAGGUGGAGAUAGAAACCAUCUCCACAGACAUGAUGACAUCACUUCCUGUGGCUGCUGACCAGCCAACCAGAGAGCUUUCAGCUGCGUCAGAAGCCCCGCCCACACCUGAAGCUGCUGCUCAGUGAGUGAUUCGGACCAGAAGGAUCUGGAGAGGAAGCGGCGGAGGGAUCUGUACAAAGAGAAGCGGUUCUUCUGCGAGCUGUGUAACAAAGGUUUCCACCAGCAGCACCAGCUGAAGAAGCACGGGGCGUGCCACCUGAAGCCAUUCCCCUGCAGCGCCUGCGAUAAAGGUUUCUACAAAGCCAGCAGCCUGCAGCGCCACCAGCGCAGCCACGCUCUUCAGGCGGCGCAGGCCAGAGAUCCCGACAGGAUGCUGCGCUGCGAGCGCUGCGGCAAGAAGUUCCGGCAGGCGCGCCAGCUCCGAGCGCACCAGGCCUCGCACCGGCUGCAGGACACGCCGCUGCAGUGCAGUAUCUGCCAGCGCAGCUACAGCUCGGCCGCCGCGCUGCGCUACCACCAAGUCUCACACGCUCAGGUGAAGCCCUUCUCAUGUGAUGUCUGUGGGAAAGGCUUCACCAGGAAGAAGAGUCUGCGUGAACACACAACGGUGCACACGGGCGCACGGCCGUACCCCUGCACCGCCUGCGGGAAACGCUUCUCCACCGCCAGCAACCUGCGCGUGCACAAGCGCUCGCACUCGGACGAGCGGCCGUUCCCAUGCAGCGAGUGUGACAAAGCCUUCAAGAGUAAGAUGGGGCUGCUGCAGCACCGCGUGGUCCACUCUGGGGAGAAACCCUUCAUGUGUCAGACCUGCGGCCUCAGCUUCGGACUCAAGUACAACUUCCAGAGACACCUGCGCCUGCACAGCGGGGAGAAACCUCUCAGGUGUGCUAAAUGUGGCGAGGGCUUCUCGGGGACGUGGGCUCUGAAGAAGCACAUGCUGGUCCACGGCGUGGAGAAACCCUUCAUGUGCGACCUGUGUGGGAAGACCUUCUUCUACAACUGCCAGCUGCAGAAGCACCAGACGCUGGUGCACGCUGCCCGGGAGCGCCCAGCGGUGGCGGGCGGCGCGGCCGUGGCCCGGCGGCGGCGUGCGAGCGGCGGGAAGCCUCUGAGCUGCGGCGUGUGUCUGAAGAGCUUCAGCAGCAGCAGCACGCUGCGGACUCAUCAGAAGAUCCACGCAGACAACAAGGAGUUCAGCUGCGAGCGCUGCGGGAAGGCCUUCCACCUGCGCCACCUCUUCCUGUACCACCUGCGCACGCACAGCGGCGAGAGGCCGCACGCCUGCACCGUGUGCAGCAAGGGCUUCCUGCUGGCCUCGCAGCUGAAGCAGCACGCCAUGCUGCACACCGGGGAGAAGCCGCACAAGUGCCCGACCUGCGGCAAAGCCUUCCGCACGCCGCAGAACUACCACCGCCACCGGCUGGUGCACACUGGAGAGAAACCCUACGAGUGCGCCAUGUGCAGCAGGAAGUUCCGCCAGUCCAACCAGCUGAAGUCGCACAUGCAGAUCCACACGGGCGUCAAGCUGUACACCUGCCAGCGCUGCGGCGGAGGCUUCUCCGACUCUCGCCAGCUGAAGAAACAUCGCUGUGGAGACGAGAGCCAGACAGACGCAAAGCAGACCAACGUCUUCCAGUGGAGCGAUGGCUUCACGCAGCAAUAAGACACGCUGCGUUAGCCUAGCUUAGCAUAAAGACUGGAAACAGUGGAGCCAUGGCUUCACACAGCAAUAACACACGCUGCAUUAGCCUAGCUUAGCAUAAACACUGGAAACAGUGGAGCCAUGGUUUCACACAGCAAUAACACACGCUGCGUUAGCCUAGCUUAGCAUAAAGACUGAAAACAGUGGAGCCAUGGCUUCACACAGCAAUAACACACGCUGCAUUAGCCUAGCUUAGCAUAAACACUGGAAACAGUGGAGCCAUGGUUUCACACAGCAAUAACACACGCUGCAUUAGCCUAGCUUAGCAUAAAGACUGAAAACAGUGGAGCCAUGGCUUCACGCAGCAAUAACACACGCUGCGUUAGCCUAGCUUAGCAUAAAGACAGAUAAAUGUGUGGAUUAUUUUUUGGAUGGUUGGAUGAAUUAACGACAUGAAGAAUGGAUUAUUUUCAUUAGUGAUUUAUUAUGAAAUGUCUAUAUUUAAAAUACAAAGUGAGAUCAUUGUCUUCUUUAUUUUUAAUCUUUAAUAAGACUGUUUCUGUCUCUCUAGAGUUUACUCACACAGCGGGGAAAGUAACUAAGUACUUUGACUCCAGUUACUUUAUACUUCACUACGUUGACUGUUAUUGUUCCAGUGAAUAAAACAUUAUGAUAUUGAUAAGUUCA